AUGGCCGAUCAAUCCGUCCAGGGGCAAUCUCAGUCCGCGGCAUUGACCAGUGCCCAACCCGCUCGGACCCAUGUUGUAAGUGAUCGCAGCCUGCUGCGGGUCACGUGCAGAGCCCCUCCCCCUGCCCUCCCUCCCUGCUCACCCGUCCGACUCUGAACGUUGGCUCUAGUGUCAAGCGCCGGGCUGCACUCAUUCGUAUGCCCGUAUAGAACACCUCGGUGAGCCCAUGCCGGAACCCGUUCUUCAGGUUCGAGUGGGAAUGCGCACGCGUGCUGACGCGGUCUCGGCCUCGCGCAGAGCGUCACGCCCGGACACACGAGCCCGGACACAAAUAUUCGUGUACUACCGUGGGUCUCGUAUCUGCUUUCCCUGUGAGCAUGAUCACGACUGACCCCGCGGAUGUAUCCAUCACAGUGCGGCCGCGGCUUUGCUCGAAUGUGAGCGCGCUUUCUCUCUGGCUGUGGCUGUGGCUGUUUGCUCCGCCUGGACCCGCAACAUGAUCUUUUUGGGGGCAGUAGCUCAUGUCGCUGCCGGUCCGUACCUUCGUUAUGCAGAGACGUACUCAAGCGACACGAAAAGGUGUGUGCUUCGAUGCAGCUCCUUCCAUUCGAGGUCUUCUGGAUACCGAACAAACUCGAUAUGAUUCAGCUGCAUCAACGCGACGCCGAGUCGGGACUUUUACAGACAAACUCAACCGUUCGGAAACAGGCUGCUCUAGAGCGCACUGCAAGGGGUGAGCCGCGUGAAAAAGUUUCACUUCUAACGCCCUUAGGCGGAAUGAGCUACUACUGACGCCGAUGAUCCCUCUUCUUUCUUCUAGCCUGUCUGGCCUGCGCUGCUUCAAAGGUGCGAAUUGUUUUCUGCUCUUGUCGGGUGGAACCCUACCGGGGGUGGCUAAGCGGUUCAGGUUCCCGUCUUGACAGGUCAAGUGCUCCGGAGUACCCAACUGCGAACGGUGUACCAAUUCUGGUCGUGACUGCGUCGCAGCGGUUGAACAAAGUACCGAUCGUCAGCCCUCGCGCAAACGAGCUCGACCCGGGUCCCUGUCAGCCAGCGACAUCGUCGAGCCGAGCGACUACCUCGUCGACCCCUCGAUCGCUAACACCGAGACCGAAGCGAGGUGCGUGAACUAUGCGAAACACUCUCCGCCUGCUCCGGCAGAGGUCCACUAACUCCACGUCCCGACUCUCAGCCUGUCCCUCAUCGAGAUGGCGCUCCAACCGAGUGACGGAUUCUCGCUCGACACGGCCCCUACGCGCAACUUCGAAGACGUAUCGGGCCACUUUCCAUCCGUCCAGACCGAUCACAACCCGGACUUCACCCAUACUCUCAACUCGCUAUUUCAGCCCAUGCUGUCGUUAGGUCCACUCAGCGCUGAUGAUUUGGCAGACCCCUUCGACACCAUUUUCGGCGUCUCAACCGGACCACUGCAGCUCAACCAGGAUAAUCCCAACUUUUCGUUCGAAUGGCUUGGUAAUCAGCAACAAACGCCGCUGUGGAACUCGUUCACGUCACCGCAAGGGGGAAAUCCGCCUUUUGACAGCGGUGCAGAUGAUGGUGUACCGUCCUCGCAGGGCAAUCGGGUUGGGGGACGCGUUACCUUGGCACCAGGCGGGCUGGCAACUCGACAUGGCUCUCCGGUCGCAGACAACGAGUGCCCUCCCGAUCGUCCGUGGCCCAUGGUCUGGAAUCCGACAAAACAUGACAGUCAGAUCGAGGUCGACGGUACGAUGCCGGGUGCGUUCGAGAGGGACGAGCUGGCAGACCAUGACCCACCGUCGUUUCUUCCGAUGGACAACGAUGUUCGGAUGUGCAUCCUGGAGGCGCUACAGUUUGCCAAAUUGCAAGGCCAUGGAUACCACGCCGUGUUCAGGACCCUUGCAAAUAUGUCGUUGAAGGUGUACAACCACUUCAUCUCCCUCUACUUCACCCACGUGCACCGGCGAUUGCCGAUGCUUCACCUCCCGUCAUUCAAUCCGCGCAAGACGUUCGGACUCUUGCUCCUUUCCAUGACCGCAAUAGGAGCGCUGUAUGCGCAGAUGCCCCGUGCGCACGCUUUGGGGCGCAUCUUGAUCAGCGUCGCCAAACUAGCGAUUGGCCAGCUGACCGUCGACGACAAUCGACAUGCGCGUAGUUUGCCGACUUUGCAGGCGAAUCUGCUAUGCUCGGUCGCAAAAUGGCUCGGCUCGGCUCGGUCUCUCGAGUUGACCGAAGUAUAUCGAGGCACCCAUACGACGGCCCUGCGCCGUUUGGGCAUUUUUGAAGACGUCGUGCCGGAGAUGGCCCCGGAUGCGUCCAUCCAGUCGCAGUGGGCGCACUUCAUCAAGUACGAGGAACGAAAGAGGACGGCCGCGGUGUGCUUCCUACUCGAAUCAGAGAUGACGACGUUGCUACACUUGCCGCCGCACGUGCCCUUCGCUGAGCUCCAAGUGGCUCUACCGUGCGACGAAGAGCUGUGGAACGCACCCACGGCCGAAAGGUGGUACGAACUGCGACAAUCAAGGUCGAACUCGAUGCAAACGCAGGCGAUCGCCAAGCUCAUCACCGCCGACACCAACUACUCUCUACCACCCAGCAUCGCGAUCUCUCCACUAGGCCACGAGGUGCUCGUCAACGGUCUGCACAUCAUGAUGUACUCUGCUCGGCAGUUGCAGCAGGUCGGGCUCGAGCAUCUGAGCGAACAGGCCGGUGCACACGUUCGCAAGGCGCUCAGCCGCCUCAGCAAAGGCUAUGACGAAUUUUCGCCCGUCUUUGGCGAAAACAACAAUAGCGAUGUCGACUUCACGCCCGCCUAUGUGUCCUAUCACAUGGCCCACUUGGCGUCGUACCUUGCCCUCGCCGAUUUGGAUGCAGUCGCCGGAAGGGGCUCGUCCGCGAAGAGCCGUACAACGAAUCAAAACGUAAGUUUCGGUUGUUACCGGCCCCAUUCAACAAGUGUAUUCCCUGAUCCUUCCUAUGUGGAUCUCACAGCUCAUUGCAUGGAUGAAGUCAAAACCUGAUAAAGCUCGUGCCGUGGCAGUUCACUCCGGACAAGUGGUUCGACGCAUCCGCGAUAAGCCCCUGUUUGGCAAGUCAUUCACCCCUCUCGCCGUCUGAGUCCUCUUCGAGGUCGAGUGCUCACAUUUUUGUCUUCCGUCACUGGGUCUUGCAGCGACUUACGAGCCCUCUUCAGUGUUUUACGCCGCACUUUGCCUUCAUCUAUACGCGCUCUCGGUCGAUCCGCUGCUCAACAUCUCGCCCGGACCCAUCAGCACCUUCCCGCUCGACCAGGCCCAGCAGGGCGAGCAGGUGAUCACAUGGGUGGCAAUCGGCGGGUCUUUUGCAUCAUUACAAGGGGUCGAUUGUCUCGCCGGAUCAGCGGCCGCCUCACAGGUGUUGAUCAUGCUCGCAGGUCUGAGCAAUUGGUCCGGACGGGCGUGGCGGAUAGGACAUGUGCUCAAAGAUGUGCUGCAGGCUGUCGCUUCCUCUCUCUGA